AUGAUGACAAGAGCACUAGUCACAGGGAUACAGCUUGGCGAGCAGCUGACUGGUUCUCUAAAGCUUGGCGAGCAGCUGACUGGUUCUCUAAAGCUUGGCCUACAGCUGACUGGUUCUCUAAAGCUUGGCCUGCAGCUGAAGACUGGUUCUCUAAAGCUUGGCGAGCAGCUGACUGGUUCUCUAAAGCUUGGCGAGCAGCUUACUGGUUCUCUAAAGCUUCGCGAGCAGCUGACUGGUUCUCUAAAGCUUGGCGAGCAGCUGACUGGUUCUCUAAAGCUUGGCGAGCAGCUGACUGGUUCUCUAAAGCUUGGCGAGCAGCUGACUGGUUCUCUAAAGCUUGGCCUGCAGCUGACUGGUUCUCUAAAGCUUGGCGAGCAGCUGACUGGUUCUCUAAAGCUUGGCGAGCAGCUGACUGGUUCUCUAAAGCUUGGCGAGCAGCUGACUGGUUCUCUAAAGCUUGGCGAGCAGCUUACUGGUUCUCUAAAGCUUGGCGAGCAGCUGACUGGUUCUCUAAAGCUUGGCGAGCAGCUGACUGGUUCUCUAAAGCUUGGCGAGCAGCUGACUGGUUCUCUAAAGCUUGGCGAGCAGCUGACUGGUUCUCUAAAGCUUGGCCUGCAGCUGACUACAGCUGACUAA